CGGUUGGGGAGGGGGGGUUGGCGCACGCCCCCCAAGCCCCGCAAGCCCACGGGCCUCGCAUGACAUCAGAUGCCAGGGAGCUCGCAGAGCGCAGGCGCGGGCGGAGCAGGCGGGCGGGAGGGGGCGCGUGGCGCUGCUGGGGAGAGCGCUCCUCCGCCCAGCUCGGUCCCUGCGCCCCGCUCCACCCGUGCCUAGCUGCCCGCGCCGAGCCUCGGGCGUCCACAACGCGACUGUCGCCCGUGCAGCCAGCGCCGCCCUCGGCUGCGCCGCACACCCUGCCUCCUCCCUUUCCGCCGUCGCCGCCAUCGGACACGCAGCCGCAGGCCGGGGCCGGGCCGCAGCUGGGGAGUCAGGGGCGCGCGCAGCCAACCCUUCCCCCUCCGGCUCCCGCACCGCUCGCCGCCUCCCCUCGCCCUCCUACUCUCCCCUCCCUGCUCCUUCGCCGCUUCCUCCUCCUCCUCCUCCUCCUCCUCCUCUCCGGGCCCCAGCUGCCAGCACCAUGUCCGCAGGGGGAGAUUUUGGGAACCCGCUGCGAAAAUUCAAGUUGGUGUUCCUGGGGGAGCAGAGCGUUGGGAAGACGUCUCUGAUCACGAGGUUCAUGUAUGACAGCUUUGACAACACCUACCAGGCAACCAUCGGGAUUGACUUCUUGUCAAAAACCAUGUACUUGGAAGACCGUACGGUUAGACUGCAGCUCUGGGACACAGCCGGACAAGAGCGGUUCCGCAGCCUGAUCCCCAGCUACAUCCGGGACUCCACAGUGGCUGUGGUGGUGUACGACAUCACUAAUCUCAACUCCUUCCAGCAGACUUCUAAGUGGAUUGAUGAUGUCAGGACAGAGAGGGGCAGUGACGUAAUCAUCAUGCUCGUGGGCAACAAGACGGACCUGGCUGACAAGAGGCAGAUAACCAUCGAGGAAGGGGAGCAGCGGGCCAAAGAACUGAGCGUUAUGUUCAUCGAGACCAGCGCGAAGACCGGCUACAACGUGAAGCAGCUCUUCCGACGCGUGGCAUCGGCUCUGCCUGGCAUGGAGAACGUCCAGGAGAAGAGCAAAGAAGGGAUGAUUGACAUCAAGCUGGACAAGCCCCAGGAGCCCCCGGCCAGCGAGGGUGGCUGCUCCUGCUAAUGCAGACCCACUCGGCUUCCUCGAAAACGCUCACUUGUGUUGCCUCCUAUUGGUUAGCUUCCUAACGGGGUGGGAAAUGAGUUUAUCAAACGGGAGGAUCUUUCUUUUCUCUCUCUCUCUCUAGGAGUAGGGUGGGACAUGGGGAGGGAGGCUGGGCAUCAGGGACCACGUCACUCUUAACAGCUGUUACCUAAACAACUAUUUUUUGGUUUGGUUGUAAUAUAUUGUACUUUAUUAAGAUUGCCAAAAACUGUUAAAAUUAAAAAAAAUUUAAAUCA